GGGCGCAUUCCGCAGUCGCUGUUUGGGACGCUGGGUGUGCGGUUGCUCGUUGUCCCCUCCCGGUUUGCUGUCACAGCUGGUCCCUCGCCGGAGUCCAGGGCAGACAGGGCGCGCGUCCUUGUUUGUGUGUGUGUGUGUCUGCGUGUCACGCGCGCAGGAUUCAGGGCUGAGGCGUCCCCUCACUGCCUUUUUUUUUCUCCUAAGAGAGGGCAGUUUGCACUCUUGCCUCGUUGCCCGGUUGGGAGUGUUUUUUUGUUUUUUUUUUUUGUGAGCGCUUUUUUUAUUUAAGGCUCCGUGCUGUCGGGGCUUGUUACUCGAUCUCUGGCUAACUGCUUUCUGCCCCUUCAGUUGCCAUUCCCACCCAAGGUCGCCCCUCCGCCCUCGACCCUGGCCCGGGAGGGUGGGAAGCUUCGUCCCGCUCCCUGCCCACCCGCGUCUCCGCAGCUGUAGCCGCACCUGCCUAACUAUGAAUGGGGUCAACGACCCACCUCUUUUUAUAAAAGAUAUUAAGCCCGGACUGAAAAACUUAAAUGUCGUCUUUAUUGUCCUGGAGAUAGGACGCGUGACCAAAACCAAAGACGGCCAUGAAGUGAGAUCAUGCAAAGUAGCAGAUAAAACGGGCAGCAUCACUAUAUCCGUGUGGGAUGAAAUCGGAGGUCUUAUACAGCCAGGGGAUAUUAUACGAUUGACCAGAGGCUAUGCAUCCAUGUGGAAAGGAUGUCUGACACUUUAUACUGGAAGGGGUGGAGAACUUCAAAAAAUUGGAGAAUUUUGUAUGGUUUAUUCAGAAGUGCCAAAUUUCAGUGAACCCAACCCAGAUUAUCGAGGCCAACAGAACAAAGGGGCUCACAAUGAACAGAAGAAUAAUUCCAUGAAUGGUAAUAUGGGUACAGGUACAUUUGGAUCAGUGGGAAACGGGUUUGAAACUGGCCCAGAAUCAAGGGGAUGCCAAGUUUCAUAUGCUGGUAGAAGCAAUGGUCGGGGACCUAUAAAUCCACCAAGAACAGCUAAUAAUCAAACAGUCAUGACCACAAUAAGUAAUGGCAGGGACCCUCGGAGAGCGUUUAAGAGAUAACCUAUGCCAAAUACUCAUGUAGUUUUUAAACUAUAUUCCCUACUUGAACACUUACUGCACUUUUAUUUAUUGUUAACUGUGAAAACUGUUCUUUAUCGGUUUCGUUCCAUGUUUUUGGUUUGUUAACAAGAGUGGUUUGUUUUGAUAGCAAAACUGUACGGCUGUUCAAGUCUCCUACUGAAGAAUGGGAACACUCUGAAAAGUAGGGGCAUUUAUUUUUAGAGCAAAAAAACUUUGAAUAUUCUCUAAAAAAAACCUGCACCCAUUGGUGCAGUUACAUAAGAUACCAACAUUAUAGCCUCUGUGAGUCUAUCUUCUGUGUAAAUUUUGUAAUAUUUAAAAUAAGGCUUACCGGGAGAUGUUCUUUUUCCUUAAAUUCGUGUAUUGCCAACUAAAGCAAUAACCACUAAAAAAUCCCCAAAAUUUAGUCUAUGCUAGCAGAAGUUUCUGAGUGUUUGUGAAUCCAGGAAUGAUUGACUGCUUCAUUGAAUGACUGUCAUUAAGAUUUUUCCAAGGAGUGAAUCAUCCUAAACUUGUUCGAUUACCAAAAAACACAUUCUUUAUCAGAAUUAUGGAAUAGAAUAUGAUCUGUAUUAUAACAAGUCAUUUUUAUAAGAAAGCUACUUUUAUUUUAGGAUAUUCCUAUUAAUACUUACUAUCAAAAACUGAGGCCUUGAAUAUUUAUUUUUUGAAGUACUAUGUCAAAUGUUAAAGUAUAAUUUGAAGGAGUUACAAAGUCAUAAUAAAUACUGAUCUAAUUUAAAAAUUGUGGUAAAUAACACAUUAUAGUUAAGGCAGUUCAAAUUGAGUUCAUGUAGAAAUACACAGUUUAUUUUACAGAGUCCCAAUUCAUGUAGAAAUACACCAUCUUUUUGAAGUUAUAGGGUCCUAGGCACUUGGCGAAACUCAGCCUGGAGUAAAAAUCUGAGGUACUCUAUUUAAAGGUGUGUGUGUGUGUGUGUGUGUGUGUUUCAGGUUUCAGAACACAGUCACAAAAAAUCUGAGGUACUCUAUUUAAAGGUGUGUGUGUGUGUGUGUGUGUGUGUGUGUUUCAGGUUUCAGAACACAGUCACAAAGCCUUAUCAGUAGAAGUUAAGAAAUGGCUCUCUUAAAAAAGCAAAUACAGCUUUAUUUAGAAAUGUACCAGUAGAAUUUAUUUGUGUUGUAAAUGGUCCCCAGUUCCACUUUUUACUUUACGGUGGAUCACUGGUAAAUUUUUCCUUUGUUAAUUCAACUUUUCUUUAAUAUUAUCUCUUGAAUAAAACUUGCAUUAAUGUUAAAAGACCUACCUUAGUUUUGUUCUUUUAGUGAUGUCUAAGGAGAGCCAGGAUGUACAUAUUAUGGUAGUUUAAUUUUGGCUUCAGCAUGGCAACUACUUAGCUCUGUAUUUGCCGCUUUGUCUUUUUUUCUCCCACCUCAAAUCUCAAAGUAAUUUAGGUAGACUUUGCUUUCUGACCUUAGCAUUUAAAUAUAAAAACUUGUGCCAGAUUAUUUGUCUAAUUCAGCGUAUCUAAUUAAUAUUUCAGUGCCCACUACAUUAGGUACCAUGUGAAGGGUAUUAGUGGUAGAUGAAAUAAUGGAUAUUCUUGAGUUUGUUUAUGAUCUAUAUAGUACUUCAGUAAUAGGGAUUUAUAUAUUACUGAUAAAAGUUUUCCCUUUCUUCAUAUACUAAUGAUUAUAGUUAAUUUGGCUUUGUGGCUAAGAUGUUCACAAAAUUACAGAUGCUUAAAGAAAAAAGGUACAAAGUAGUGUGUAAUUUUUUCUUUUAAAUCUAUGAGGUAGGAACAAUAUAAGAUAUUUGUAGGAGAAUAUAGUGUUAAAGGUGAUUUUAAAAGAAAGAAUUUUGGAGUUUGGAAAAUUGAAAUAAUCAGGUAAGGAUUGCCGAGCUCCCAAUCUUGGCCGCGUUAUCUCGUUACCUGUGAUGUUGGACCUGCUAUUACACCUGAAACCUCUGUAAGCCUCAGGUUCCACAACUAUAAAAACAAGUAAGUAACACAUAACCCUUUGUAAAGUUAUUUAAGGUUUUCAAUGGGAGUGGUUAGAAUGAUUUCUGGCACAUGAUCAGUCACAUGGUUGUCUAAUCAUACCUCAAGAGAAAAAAAAAA